AUGUCGCAAGACAUUAUUUCUGCAGUGCUUGCCAUAUUGCGGAUCAACGUGCUCCUGCUAGCGCUGGCAUCCGCUUAUUUUAUCCGCUUGUUCGCAGUGCAGAACUUCGGCCGUGUGAUCCACGAGUUUGAUCCGUGGUUCCACUACAGGGCCACAGAAUACCUCGCAGCCAAUGGCGCAGCCUCCUUCUUUCGCUGGUACGAUCGUGAAGUCUGGUACCCUUUGGGCCGGCCCGUGGGCACCACCAUCUACCCUGGAAUGCAGUUUGUCGCCGUGUGGAUCUGGCGGAGCCUUCACUUCCUGGGCCAGGAGAUGACGCUGCACGAUGUGUGCGUCUUCAUUCCUGCCUGGUUUGGCGUGGCCUCCACUGCGUUUCUGGGGCUGCUGACCUUCGAAUGCACCAGGUCCAUAGACGCAGCGAUCUGCGCCGCGUUCAUCGUCGCGAUCAUCCCCGCCAACCUCGUGCGCUCCGUCGCCGGCGGCUUCGAUAACGAGUGCGUUGCCAUCACCUUCAUGAACGCCACGUUCUACUUCUGGUGCCGGGCGCUGCGGGGGACGAGUGCUGUCUGGGGAGCCAUCGCAGGUUUGGCCUACUUCGGCAUGGUGGCUUCCUGGGGAGGCUAUGUCUUCGUAAUCAACAUCGUCGGUCUGCAUGCGGGCUGCCUGUCCCUGUGGCGCUUCUCCACGAAGCUUCACCGGGCCUACACCGCCCUGUUCCUGGUGGGCACCAGCCUGGCAGUGCAGAUCCCAGUUGUCGGCUGGACGCCGUUGAGGAGCCUAGAACAGGCCGGGCCUCUCCUGGUCUUCCUCCUCCUGCAGGUUCUAGAAGGCCUCAGCAUCUGGCGAAGAAGAUCCAAGCUGCGGGAGGAGGACUUCCGCCGCCUGCGCUUCCAGGUCCUCCUUGGCGCCGGUGCGGCCUUGGCUUUGCUGGCCUCAGUCCUCCUGAAGCUGGGCUACGUGACGCCCCUCUCCAGCCGGGUGCGGGGCCUCUUCGUGAAGCAUCGGACCGGGAAUCCCUUGGUGGACUCUGUUGCCGAGCACCAGGCCACGAGCCCACGAGCCUAUUGGCAGUAUCUGCAUCACAUGUGCAGCAUGUCACCUUUGGGCAUCGUGGUGUCAGCCGCCAGCCUCACCGAAGUGAAGGUCUUUCUGGUUCUUUAUGGUGCCGUGACCUACUACUUCUCCUCCAAGAUGAAUCGGCUGGUGAUGCUGCUUGGGCCCAUGGCCGGGGCACUAGGCGGUGUGGGCGUCGCUUGGGCAGUGCGAUGGGCCCUGCGGCAGUUUGGUGUGAAGGUGCCAAGUGAGCAGGGCGAGGGCGAGGGCGAUGGGGGCAAUGGCGAAGCUGCCGCGCGGAAGCGGCCAGCCGACAAAGGUGGGCCGAGGGAAAUCCUGGAGGAGGUGAUGCACCCCCUUCGCGAGGCAUACGAGGAGUCGAUCUUGCAACGCAAGGCCACAGCUGGUCUGGUCUUGCUGAUGGUCCUGGUUUGCGGUGUGGAGUUUAUCGGCUACUGCUGGACAGUUGCCGAGCGUCUGUCCCAUCCCUCCAUCAUCAAGAAGCAGCGGAUUGGCGACCAGGAGACUAUAGUGGAUGACUACCGAGAGGCCUACUGGUGGCUGCGUGACCACACUCCGCAGGAUGCCCGGGUCAUGGCCUGGUGGGACUACGGCUACCAAAUCAAUGGACUGGCCAAUCGAACCACCCUUGCAGAUGGGAACACGUGGAACCAUGAGCACAUUGCCUUGCUGGGCUGGUGUCUGACAGGACCCGAAGAAGACUCUUACGAGGUCAUCCGGCAUUUGGCGGACUUUGUCCUCAUUUGGGACGGUGAUGACUUGGCGAAGUCGCCGCACAUGGCGCGAAUCGCAAACUCUGUCUUCGGCGACCUUUGCGCUGAGCCCAUGUGCAGGGCCUUCCACCUGGACCGCGAGACGAAGCUGCCGAGCGAGACGAUGAAGAGCUCCCUGCUCUGGAAGCUGCAUUCGCAUGGUCGGGAGGAUGUCCAGGUGAACCCCCAACUUUUCGAAGAAGCUUACACCAGCCAGCGCGGCCUCGUGCGGAUCUUCAAGGUGCUCAACGUGUCGGAGGGGUCCAGGCACUGGGUCGAGGACCCUCAGAACUGGAAAUGCGAUGCGCCAGGCAGCUGGCACUGUCAGGGCCGGUACCCGCCGGGCAUCCACGAAAUCCUCGCGAAGCAAAAGGCCUUUCAGCAGCUGGAGGAUUUCAAUGCCGCGAGGGACGCAAAGGCCGAGGAGUACCAGAAGGCCAGGAGCACACAGCCAGAUGAUGAAGUUGUGCAUGUGUGGUGCUCAGGCGUACAUGAGAAGGCCUCAAAGCUGUCUGCGACGGACCUGGCACCCCCGCCACCUCGACCAGGAGCUCCGGAGUUGGGCCGGUCCUUGACAUCUCCCUGCAUGCUGACAGAGGAGGGAGUUCGGGAAGCCGCUCGAGUGCUAGGCACCGUGACCUCUGCUGACUUCCCGGAAAGCGCACUCGUGGCCGCAGGACGGCAGGCGACCGAGAAGAGGUUGCCUUCUGCCACAGAGAGGAAGAUCGAGCGAGCGACGCGCGACUUUGUUGUUCCAAUGACGUGCAACCAGAUGUACGGCUCGAGAUGGAAGACAGCUGAGAAGCCAGAGGACAGGUUUGGCAAGCAAUCCUGUGAUGUCUGCCUCUUCGUCGACCACAUGCACAAGACGAAGACGCCCUACUGUCCUCACCUGCGACUCUGA